GAAAAAAAAUACCAAUUCCAUACUAGCUCUCAUGUUUAGAUUUUUCUAUAACUAAUUAAAUAUUGGACCCAUCCCAUUUCAAAAAAAAGAAAAAAGAAAAAAAUAUUGGACCCAUCUAUGAGUAAAUAGUCAAUCUGCUGUCGUAUCAUUCACUCUUUUAUCGUUUUAAUGAAUUUACACUUUCAUGUGCUUCUUCCAAAUGGGCGUGUAGCUCGUGGCCAAACUCCUUUGUCCCCUUCGAUUAUUCAACCUCUCAAAAAUCUCUUAAUCACUCUUGUAUAUAUAUAUGUAUAUAUAUAUGCACUUCAAGAUUCACAUCUCUCUAUGGAUAUAAACUGAAAUGGUCUCUGAGAUUGCUUCAUCAUCUUCCCCAUCUUCAACCCAGAAGCCUGUGUCAGUUGUGAAGAAGAGAAAAGCAGGGAGGACUAAGUUUAAGGAGACGAGGCACCCAGUUUACAGAGGGGUUCGAAGAAGAAAUGGGAAUAAAUGGGUAUGUGAAGUGCGAGAACCCAACAUGAAAUCAUCAAGAAUAUGGCUCGGAACCUUUCCUACUCCUGAAAUGGCUGCUAGGGCUCAUGAUGUUGCUGCUUUGGCUUUUAGAGGAGAGUUUGCUGCUCUUAACUUCAUAGAUUCUGCUUCGAUACUUCCACGAGCAAAGUCUUCUUCUGCUAGAGAUAUUAAAAGGGCUGUUCUUGAUUUUGUUGAGGCCUUUAACAGGCCGAGUGUGCCAUCAUCAUCAUCAUCUUCUUCUUCGUCCGGGUGUUUUAAUCCAUGCAUAUCCACGAGCGAUGAUUUUCCCGGCGAGAAGAGACAAGAAAAUGAAGCAAAUGCUGCUGCAGCUACACUAUUCUUGGACGAGGAGGCGUUAUUUAAUAUGCCAGUUUUGCUUGAUAGCUUGGCUGAGGGCUUGAUUCUUACUCCGCCAUCUAUCGGAAAAGAGUUUGAUUGGGAUGAAAUAGCCUCUGCUGUGGACAUGACUUUAUGGACAAUUUAAUCGGCUUAAGUUGAGAUAAAUGAGACCGAGAGUUAGGAUUUUUAUGAACAAAAUUAAAUAUUCGUUCAAAAUAACAGAAUU